AUGGAUGAUCAACUUUUGUACGACCUGCCUGGCAAGGCUUCGCCGGAAAGACAUGCUCCAGAUGCCCCGAACCCAACCAUUGUCGGCCUGUAUGGUGUGCCCGCCUGCGGCAAGUCCUUUCUCCUUCGCCAACUGAAGGCCUAUCUUGGCGAACAACACUACGCUUUUUACGAGGGCUCCGAGGUCAUUGACGACAUCGUUCUGGGAGGCCUCCACGCAUUCAAGAGGAUGCACCCGGACGAGAAAUACUACUGGCGUGAGCGUGCGAUCACCUUCAUCAGCCGGCAAUGUCGAGAGACCAACCGUGUCGGAAUUGUCAACGGUCAUUAUUCCUUCUGUGAUGAGGGAGAGAGCCCGAAGAGAAUAUUCACCGAUGCGGACUCUCUUUGCUACACCCAUAUCUUCUACCUUGACGUUCCUGCCAAAGAUGUGGCCCGCCAAUGCCUCGAGGACACCUCACGAUCUCGUUCCUCCAUGUAG